AUGCACCCGAAGGACGAACAAUGGCUCGGACCGAAGUUUGCCGGCGAGGCGCGCGCGCAAAACCAGAGAAAGAAAUGGCAGGAGUGGGCGGAGAGCACGGGAGAGAGCGUCCAAUCGGAAGGCGAGGCCGCGUUCCAAAGAGCGCGCAGGCAUCCAAUGGGCGCCGGGCGGAGAGGUUCCCAACACGCUCGGCUCAAGAAUCUCAAGUAUUCAAGAUGGACGGAAGGGAAUGCGGAGGGAAGGAGCAGGGAGCGCGAGCGCGGGGCGCGCGCCGCUGCCAUAGUUGGCAAACAAAGCGGGGGCCGAGGAAACCCCGCCAAAGUUUGGAGCCACGCCGCUGGGGCACGCGGGAGCAGACGAGGAGGCCCCGGGCACUGCUGGAAGGGUCACGGUGGCCACGGAGUCGCUCCCGGGCACGAGGAGGAGGAGGAGGAGGAGGAAGAGGCGGCGCCUCCCCGCACCCCCCAGCCCCGUUCACACGAGACACGUGUCUUGCUGCAAAGUGGGAGCGCAGCGCAGGUCGUAUUGCUUUCUCUUCGUAUGACACAUAGGAAGCGCCUGUGCUCCAUGCCCCAGGCCAAUGUGCAAUAUGGAGAAACGAAGCCUGCAGAAACACAUCAGAAUGCUUUAAGCUUUGCAGAUUCUCAUUCAGUCAUUCAGCAGUCAUCAGGUUUUUCAGCGCUUCUUGGAAGAAAGCUCCCUGGAGUGCCAUUAAAGGAGUCGUUCUGUAGAUUUUCAAGCCCCAGGGACCAGAAGGGUUUCACCAAGCUAGCAAUUCUCUUUAACUUGUAUAGUUUACAUUUUGACCCUGUGAAAACGCAUAUUUGGUGCUUGAAUAAAACUGGCUCAUUAUGAUGGCAUCAUUUCAUUAUAAAUAGGAAAUAUGCCAGUUGAAUCAUCCGUGUCUGCAGCGGCCAUUCCCAGACUGUUCCGCAGAAUCCAAGGGUCCCACGAAAAAUCUUAAACCAAUUUAGCUACUGUCUGCACAUUUCAACAUUUCACAGUAGGAGUGUUUCAUCCAUCGCCAAUUUCUCACUGAUUUUUCUUUUUUUCCCUUUCUUCUACAGUUUUGGAGAUAAAAGACAUUUGGGAUACUGGGAUAUUAUUCAAAAAAUGACAAUAAUUCUUUUGCAAUAACUAGAUGUUAUGUUGGGAGCUCCCGGUGGCGCAGUGGGUUAAACCGCUGAGCUGUUGAACUUGCUGACUGAAAGGUUGCCGGGUGAAAUCCGGGGAGCGGCAUGAGCUUCCACUGUCAGCCCCAUCUUCUGCCAACCUAGCAGUUUGAAAACAUGCAAAUGUGAGUAGAUCAAUAGAUACCGCUUCAGCGGGAAGGUAACGGCGCUUCAUGCAGUCAUGUCAGCCACGUGACCGUGGAGGUGUCUAUGGACAAUGCCAGUUCUUUGGCUUAGAAACUGAGAUGAGCCCCAACCCCCAGAGUCGGAUAUGACUGGACUUAAUGUCAGGGGAAAACCUUUACCUUUUACCUAGAUGUUAUUUAAAAAGUUGGGAGCCCCUAGUAGUGCAAUGAGUUAAACCCUUGUACCAGUAGGACCGCUGACCAAUAGGUCAGAGGUUUGAAUCCAAGGAAAGCAGGAUGAGUUCCCUCUCAUCAGCUCCAGCUCCCCAUGUGGGGACAUGAGAAGCCUCCUACAAGGAUGAUAAAACAUCAAAACAUCCAGGCAUCCCCUGGGCAAUAUCCUUGCAGACGGCCAAUUCUUUCAAACCAGAAGCAACUUGCAGUUUCUCAAGUCACUCGUGACAUUUAAAAAAACCCCAAAAAGCAAUCCAGAACAUAUGAGGGUUUUUCAAAACAUUUCUGCACUUUUUAAACUCUUACUUAGAAAUUUUCAAAAACAAAUUGCGUCACUUUUCUUGCAUAGUCCCCUUCCUUUGUGAUGCAUUUUUUCCCAGCAGUGUACCAAUUUUUAAUCACAUCAGCACAAAAUGUUUUUGAUUGAGUGCAUCAUCAUUGAUGCACUGAUGUGAAUCAGUUACAGGGUUUUUUCCUUAUUCUUUGGGGUCAUGGGUGUAGCUCAGGCAUAGCCAAACUUGGGCCCUUGGGUGUUUUGGACUUCAACUCCCUCAAUUUCUAACAGCCAGUAGGGAGUUGAAGUCUAAAACACCUGGAGGGCCCAAGUUUAUUUUAUUUAUUUAGCAGUUUUGUAUACCGGUCUUCUCACCUCCAUCGAGGGACUCAGGCCGGUUUCCAACAUCAAUAUUACAAACAAUCAUUAAAAACAUCGUAUUCCAGAUUACACUAAGACAUUAAAAACAAAAUACAAUCAUAUAACUGCUAUAUAUAUAUAUAACUGCUUUGCCUAUAACUGCUGUAGCUGGAGGCCUGGAGCGCUCUGCAUCCGUCACACCAGUACAGUCAUUUUUGAACAUUUAAAUCCAUUCAUAGAUGACUGUAUGAGAGAGAAUUUUAUCAUUUUUUGAAUGUUUGCCAUGUAUGUGUACUGUGAUCCGCCCUGAGUCCCCUUGGGGAACAUCCUUGCAUACGGCCAAUUUUCUAUCCAGAAGCAACUUGCAAUUUCUUAAGUCAUUCCUGACACUUUUUUUCAAUAUAUAAAUCCCCUAAUUCCUUUCUCCUUCUCAAUUUUCCAUUGUAAAAUUUGGUCUUCCCUUUCUUUUCCAUUCUGUUACCCUUUGAUAACAUAAUAGCCAGUUUCUUGAUCCGCACUUCCUCUUUUACUCCUCCCAUUUUUAAUUGAUCCAUCAGAAUUUAAUAACUUGCCAAUGUUUGUUUUUCCAUUGUGUUUCAUAUUAUUUAUUGAUUUCCCAAAUAUCUGAUCUUUUUAUUAUCUAUUAGUCCUAUUGGAAGCAGAUCUAUUUUAUUUAUGGAAAACGUUACUUUGCCAUUUUUCCCUCAUUGUAUUGUUGAAAUUAGUGGUCCACCUUUUAUUUUCAUUAUUUCCUUAUUAUCUAACUUUACCUUACUACAUGAGCAAUGUUCCCACCCAUUAAUUGAAUUGGUAAUUUCUUUAUGUCUUGCAGUCAUAGCAAAAUGGUCACUUUAUGACUCUUUGAGAUGUUCACCCACCACUUGACUAUCCAAGUAAAAACCACUUUUAACAAAUUAUUAGAAUUAUCUUCACGUCCUCUCCUGGGCUCAUGUUUUUGCUAUUGUCAUAUAUUCUUGUUUUGUAAUUUUUGUGGCAUAUAUGUGAAACCCAAAUGAUGUCUGUCAGGGAUUUCUGAAUUGUUUCUUAUUUCAACCAUUUGUGACUGUUUUGCAGUGCUUUGACUGCCAGAAGGGUUGGAUUCAGCACUGUCUAUGUUUUUCCAAAAGAGCUACUGUGGCCAGUUAUAAUUCAAUAUGCUCAGUCAGUACAAUAAUCCCAACAGUCCAGUGAGUUGUGUUGUAAAAAACGUGUAACUAUGUGAUCUUGAUUAGUUCUUUGCAUCUAUUUCUGUCUACUAUCCACUGGAUUGUUGCAGAUAUCCUAUAAUAGAAAACUAGGCUCCUGCAAUCAAACAGAAAACUUGUUUUAAGGUGGAGAAUAGAAUACCUAUUAAAUGUAGAUCCCUUACCCCAGAGCCAUGUAUGAGAGAAGGAAGAAAGCUAUCAUGGGCAUUGCAUGUAGAUACUUUUUUGUAUAAUUGGCUAACAUCAGGCUCCAACCAAGGGCUGUGUCUCUUCUGCUUUUACUCCAAAAGCUUGUUGUUUAUUUCUAGUUACCAUUUGCUUAAUGUCUGGCUCCAAGGUCCAACAACAUAGGAGUGGGGUAAAUAACCUGCUGGGCGAGGACACGAUGUUGCAGCGGUGUCCCAAAACUUUGUAACUAAAUCAUCCAUUUCUCUUUCUCUCCUGGUGCUGCUGACAGCCAUUGAACCAGACAAUUUUAGGGAGAUCUUUCCUUUGUUAAAUAAUACAUUUGGAUUUAUUUCAGGUGGUAGAUUGUUUACUGGUUCUCUUUUUAUGUCUCUUUAAGUGGAUGUUUUGGCUAACAAGAGUUCUAGAGAAGGAAGUUCUGCUCUGGGUUCCAGUUUCUCCACCUGAUGUUUACAGGAAUCAAAUUCCAAGGUCUUCUGUGUUGGAAUAUCAAAA